ACUAUCUCCGAAAAAGCACGAACAUGCUUGAUCUCUUUUGAGAAAUGUCUGGCACAGAUGACCACUUUGGAUUAUCUAAGCCAGUCUUUGAUUGAGAAUGAAUUCGCGCGCUUUUCCGUCUGGACAUCCAAUAUUGGCGUCUUUGCAAAUGGUCGCGCUUCUAUGGAUCAUCGUCUACGUGAGGCGCCCGACGUCCAGAAAUUAGUUCUCGGACUUCUAGAUGUAUUGUUUAGGCGCAUUGACAAAUGUAUCUCUUUGAGGAACACCAAUGAUUCUUUGCUUUCGGAUCCCGACGGGCAAGCAGCAACAGCUGACGCCUUUCUUAAAAGUGAAGUGGAGUAUAUCGCUAGCGAGAUAUCUUUGCUUCAUGAGUUGUCUAACACGAUUCGCAAAGCAAGUAGAAAGACAACUGACGUUAAAGCAGCUGCAUUAUUUCAUAUCCAAGAUGACGAAGGAAAUGAUCUAGAGGAGCCUUUGAAGAAUUAUUUUGCUACAAACAUAAGAGAUCAAUUUCCCGGUAUUUCUGACGUCUUAAGACUGAGACUCGCCAAAGCCAUGGUGGUAAGACGAAAACGCAUCUUAUACAAGAGAUCUCGUUUUGCACCUAUGAGAAUCGCCCAACCCAGCAAUCAGCCAGUUAUCCAAGCACCAAUCACCAAAGAAACAGAUCCUGGAUCCGUCAUCUUAGAAGAUGUUAAGGAGUCAAAACCGUUAGCGCCUUUGCAACCAUUAUUUUCUUCUGUAGCAAAAUCUAUUACGAAAAGCGCUACCACGUUAGCUCCCCAAAACUAUCAAAAGGCUACAGCUCCAUCAGUUAUUUCCCAGUCGAAGACAAUAGCAUUAGGGAGCCACCAAGAUCUUGUUUUCCCUUCGGUCCCUAAACAUGAUCCUACCACUAUUGAGAUUACUUGUCCAUUCUGCAUGCUAAUUUUACCUAUCAAAGAUAUCAAAGACGAGAAGAGCUGGAGGGAACAUCUAAAAAAUGAUUUAGACCCAUACGUCUGCCUGACAGAGGAUUGUGACUGUCCAGAUGAGCUCUUUAGGCACAGUGGCGAGUGGCUCCGACACAUGCGCAAGCAUUCUUUACACUGGCGCUGUGCUUCAAAAUCCCACGGUAGCAUGUUCUUCAGUACAAGAGAUGACUAUAUAUCUCAUAUGAAUGAAAAGCACGGAAAGGCUAUCAAUGAUGAACAGAUUGCUGUGUUGGCUGAUAGAAGCUUGCAACUAAAUGGUCCUCUAUUCAAAUCAUGUCCUCUUUGCGGUAUCGAGGCGCAAGACUACACGGGACCCUUGGAAGAUCACAUUGUCGGCCAUCUCCGGUCCCUUGCACUCAAAUCUCUACCUCCAAUUCAUAAUGAAGACGAAGUGGAAGAUGGCCUCGGAGAAAAUGAU